GUCCAAUCAAACACGCUUGACACUUCUUAUAACAGCUUAAAUCUUACAACUGAAUCCCCAGUGGCGCCAUGAUUUCGUUUGUAUUAGCAGUAGUCCUGUGUGGGCUUUGUUCUGAUGCCAUAGCUACUCGGGAAACCCGUACUAAACGAGAAGACCCCUACGCCGAAUUGAUUACUAAGGUCAGGCAUUAUCUUUCUUUACGUCAAACUGGAAAUGCCGGCUCCCCGUCUGUUAUACCCAACACCACGUUCACGCCGUUGCAUAAUGGAAACAGUACCCAAUCAACUUCCAGAAGUCCGCCUCCCACCACAAACUCAUCGGUCGGACCCACACCCAGUCCAUCCACGUGGAACAAGGGAAACAUAUCAUUUUCUCUGGACUCCCAUCUUUAUUGUCCCAUCGUGAAGGAUAUUCUGGCGAGGCGUGUCUCCAACUUCCCGAGAAUAGACGAUAUGACUGACUACAUCACUGUACAUGCGGAGAUGUACCGGCCUGUUGUGGCGCGUACGAUGCGACUUCUGGUCUUUGUCAAAGACCCGGAUGUCGCCUCUCUCUUCCUAGUGAGAAGAUUAACCCAGAAUAUCGUGGAGAAACGACUGACUUGCAGCACAGCUAAAUACCAACAAGUUGUCAUUUACACCAUUACACGAGAGGCGCAAUCGACAAUGGGGAACCACAUACUGUCUGACAAACUGAUGACCGUACUUCAUGGAUUUCCAAAGUCCCGUAAUUUAACGCAGAGAAUUUUGAAUAUUGUACGUAGUGCUGUAUUUGAUGGUAUUAUGGAGUGGGUAAUCAACGAAGAGUUCUGGGAACUGGAUAGCUUAAUUGAGAGGUUUUACCACUUCACGGAACGCAGGUUCAGAGAAAUGAAAACCACUGGCAUGCCAUCAGGAACGUGGACAGAGAAAUUUCUACAGGAAAUGACGCCAUAUAUGCAUAACCAGCCGGCCUUGCAGUGCACCAGUCUGAAUAAAAUGAAAUGGAAUCACGCGAGGAUUGCUAAGGAGACAAGAAAAGCUUUCGCCGACAUAGAUGAAACAGGAUAUGUCCGCAGAAUAGCGUAUAAGAUGCUAAUGGAAAUGGCAUCAUCUUUCUACAAGAAGGAAUGGUCUCCUAAAUACGAGAUGGACUUUCCAUUUGAGCAGAUCAUCGACACUCUGGUUAUUUACACAAGGAGCGUAAUGAAGAAGAUUGAAACAUAUGAGCAACAUUUGUUUGACAGCCCACUCAUGAGCUUAGAAGCCAUGUUUGCCAAAUAUCUGAGUACUGAACAACGCCAGGUGUUCAAGAGCAUCAUCGUGCAUCUAACGAACACCGUCCCCACACCCUUCCCGACCCCUUAUCCCUCUACAGAAUGGAAAAACAUGAAGAAGGAAGUGCAAGAAAGCCAUGGAGAUCUAAAAAAAGUACUUGCAAUGAUGACCAAUUCAACAGGAAAUCCUGACGAGAUGACGAAACUGGUAGUGAAAGUAAUAACCAAUCUCAACAGACUCACUCAGAUGUUCCCAGCUUCACGUGUACUGUAAUUAUAUAGCUUAAUAAAAUUAUUGCCGAUA